AUCCAAGAUGGCUGCCGCCGUAUCUUCCCUCGUUUCUUACGGGAGCGACUCCGAUUCGGAAAAUGAGUCGGAAUCGAAUACAAGUUCUGAAAAAAUGGACCAGAUGAACCCGGACUCCACAGCUCACCUGAAGCCGCUAGAAAGCAAACCGACUAUGACGCUGGCGGUUCUGAAUUCCGCUCCCGAGGUCGCUGUUAAGGAAUCUGUUGAGACUGGCACACAUCUGGAUCCAUCGUUAAAAGAAGUCUCCUACAAUCCAAGAUAUGAAACUAUGUUUGCACCUGAGUUUGGCCCCGAAAAUCCAUUCAGAACGCAGCAGAUGUCUGCCCCGAGGAACAUGUUGUCUGGUUUUGCAGAACCAGCUCAUGUGAAUGACUUCAUGUUUGAGCAGCAAAGGAGAACCUUCUCAACCUUUGGUUAUGCUUUAGACCCAUCUGUUGACACACAGGAAGUUACCAUCAACAGUUACAUCGGCGCUGUGGACGAAGCUGAGAAAAACAAAGGGUUGACAGUGUUCGAGAGUGGGCACAAGAAGCCGGAGAAAAGGAAAAAGGUCAAGGGGGGAGAUGCCGGAGAGAUUGAUAACUUCCUCGGACCAUGGGCAAAAUAUGUAGAUGAGCAAAACAUUGCCAAGCCGACAGAGGAAGAGAAGAAAGAACUGGACGAGUAUCUUGCCAAAAAGCAAAAGAGAGGAAGGAUUGAAGAACAAGCUCCUGCAGCGGAGAAGACCAUUCUCCAUGUCAAGGACAUGUACGAUUACCAGGGCAGGUCAUACCUUCAUAUUCCUCAGGAUGUGGGCAUCAAUCUCCGCUCCUCAGAGCCUCCAUCCAAAUGUUAUCUGCCAAAGAAGCAGAUCCAUGUGUGGUCCGGACACACCAAGGGGGUCAGUGGAAUCCGCCUUUUCCCCAGAUCUGGUCAUCUGCUUCUGUCGUCCUCCAUGGACUGUAAAAUCAAGCUUUGGGAAGUUUACAAUGAGAGGAGAUGCAUACGGACGUUUAUCGGUCACAGCAAAGCAGUACGAGACAUUUGCUUCAACAACGCUGGAACCCAGUUUCUCAGUGCUGGUUAUGACCGCUACCUGAAACUGUGGGACACAGAGACAGGUCAGUGUAUCUCUCGGUUCACCAACAGAAAGGUACCAUACUGCGUCAAGUUCAACCCUGAUGAAGACCAUCAGAACCUCUUUGUGGCCGGCAUGUCAGAUAAAAAGAUUGUUCAGUGGGACAUCAGAACAGGUGAGGUGGUUCAGGAGUACGACCGGCAUCUGGGCGCCGUCAACACCAUCACAUUUGUGGAUGAGAAUCGUCGUUUCGUCAGUACAUCAGAUGAUAAGAGUCUUCGAGUGUGGGAGUGGGACAUCCCUGUGGACUUCAAGUACAUCGCCGAGCCCAGCAUGCACUCGAUGCCAGCUGUGACUCUCUCUCCCAACGGCAAGUGGCUCGCCUGUCAGUCUAUGGACAACCAGAUUCUCAUUUUCGGAGCUCAGAACCGCUUCAGACUCAACAAGAAGAAGAUCUUCAAGGGCCACAUGGUUGCUGGUUACGCCUGCCAGGUGGACUUCUCCCCCGACAUGAGCUACGUGGUAUCAGGAGAUGCCGACGGGAAGCUCAAUAUUUGGGACUGGAAGACCACCAAGCUGUACCACCGCAUCAAAGCUCACGACAAGGUGUGCAUCAGCGCCCUCUGGCAUCCGCACGAGACCUCCAAGGUCAUCACUUGUGGAUGGGACGGGCAGAUCAAGCUGUGGGAUUAAACCGGCCGCUGCUCUGCUCCUGAAACAUGCCGUCGACCCGAUGACGUCUGAUAGAGAAUGGAAGCCACAGGGCUGGUAUCCAGUCUUAUUGUAGUGGUGUAUUUUUAUAUCCUGUCCCAACACAAUCAUCUUCAGAAGGUGUCCUUUUAAACUUUUUUUUUUUCUUUUUUUAACUUGAGUCCUGUGUAACUUGUGAACCAUGAGGUGAGUUGUUUAGUUUUUGUUCUGUUGUCACCUUCACCACCAGUGGAAAUAAACAUCGUACCAAUGCAUACAAUGCUGUGCCUGCUUUGCUUGGACCGUCCCCGGGCUUGAGAGCGCUGCCUUCACCCUGCUGUCAAACAGCCAGUUCUCUCCGCAUUAUAUUAAAAAUGGAGCUCGACAUCAUUCACAGCUGAAGAAAAGAAAAAGAUAGAGCAG